GCCAUAGAUGCCCACUGGGUUGCACCUGACCUGGACAAAAUAAACAGUUCCAGGAUGGAGACCGGCCAAUCGACAAGAUGUCUGGUUACCAACAUCAUCCACCAGCUGCGACGCACAGAAAUAGCACAAAACAUGUUGAUCUUGUGGGGGAGGGGUGAGGCGUGUGACGCCAUGAGCACAUAGACCAGAGGAGCAGACAGGAGGCUGAGGCAGCAAACUCAGAAGGAGCAUCAUCAUCAUCAUCAUCAUCCUCCUCCUCCUCCUCAUCAUCCGCACCAGCACCUCCGCCACAAAGGAACCGCUUCGCCGCCCACUGCUCCUCCUAUCCACGGGCUCUGAGAUGCUCCUUCUCGGCAGCAGGAUGUGCGAAUUCUCGGCCCUACUCUCCGUGCUCCUGGCCGGACUUGCGGCGUUGGCGGCGGCGUCCACGGAUGUUUUCAACAACCAGCUGGGCGACAUCAGCUACUGCAAAAAACAAUGCCAGCUCACCAUCAAAAACAAAAGCCCCGCUAAAGACUCUGUAAUGAACGCCUGUCACCGUGGUUGCCGCCUCUACUCCAUCUGUCAGUUCGUCAAUGGAAAUGCUGGUUUCAACACCAGCAGGGAGCAGUGUCAGGGAGCCUGUCAGGAGGCAUACGUUAAGCUGCUGGAGCAAGACGCCUGCAGCACCGGCUGUGCCAGCCAACCCUCUGAACCUGAGAUCCUGAGGAGGAAGCUGAAGGCCAUGACACUGCGCCCAAAGCCUACCUCUGUGAUGGAGGCUGUGUCCAGCUGGUGCAACGACAUCGUCAGCUCUGCCCAGAGCUUCAUCUCCUCCACCUGGACUUUCUAUCUGCAGGCUGAUGAUGGCAAAGUCGUUGUUUUCCAGAGCCAGCCGCAGAUAGAGUACUCUGUGCCCGAGCUGCAGGCUCCUCGCUCCAACGUAGCCGAUAAACCCUGGCCUCAGGUGCACUCUCAUACCCAGAGACCCCACGGUGUCAGGGGCCAUGGAGAGAAAGGAGGAGCAAAAAUAGGUAAAGGAAAACACCCAGUGCAGCACACAGAUGACCCCACAGCUGAGCACGACUUCCUGGGCUGCAUGUCAAGACGCUCGGGUCUUCCUCGCUGGAUCCUGGCAGCCUGUCUCUUCUUGUCCAUCAUGGUCAUGUUGUGGCUGAGCUGUGCCAGCCUUGUCACUGCACCAGAGCAGCACAUUAAGACACAGCUAAGCAUCAACGGAGACAAAGAGUUUCUGGACAAUGCCCCAAAAGUCAGCCCCUACCACCUGACACCUGUGAUCGCUGUUGCUGUGAAACAGUCAGAGGAGAGCCAGGAGGCUGGACCUCUGCCGGUGAAAGUUGACCUCAACAAAACAUGUGUUUAGGAAGGACCAGUGGGAGAGCUGCUGUCUUGUUUUUCUGGGUUUAACAAAAAAAUAUCCAUGGCCCAUCUGCAGAGUUUUUAAACGAUGUAUUUUUAAGAGCAUGGCCUCCUGCUGUCUGCUGAGGUAUCUUACUGAAACAUUUAGCUCGUGUCCAUCAUCAGACGGGGUUUCACUUAGCCACGCUUGUCCUUUCAUUUCAGCACACAGUACAAAAAAAAGUUCACGAUCCAGUUUUACUCAGUGAUGCCACCUGGAGGAUGCCUGAGGAGGCGCUGCUGACAUGUAUUGGAGAUGGAAUUUUCUGUCAUUAUUAGCAGUCCUACUUAUUGGCACUUUUCAAUCCAGUGUUAAAGAGAAGGUAGACACAGUGUGGCCUGACCACCAGAGGGAGCAGACACUGUGUUUUGGUAUUCGUGUGGUGACAUGGUUCUGGGAUCGUUGUCUUUGUCGUCACACCACACACAGCACUUCUGGUGAGACGUUGAGUGUCAACACGUUAUUCUGACUUUUAAUCCAUCUUAUUUACGUUGUCAGUCUGUGUGUGGUUUUGUGUACAGUGUGUGCGUGUUGAUGUGUGUCCCCGGCAUUUUUAAAGAGCACACAUUCAUUCGUAGAAAGUUGAACUGGAUGAAGUUUUACGGCCGACAAUCCGUCUGACUCCUUUAUUUAUUUUGAGUUUAUUUAUUCCCAGUCAUUGCCGUGUGUACUUUUGUUCAAACGUGUUGCUGCAGUGCCAUGUACAAUACAGUCUCAGCCUCAUGUAAAUGUUUAGGUAAAAUACACUGUAACACAGAGUGGAGAAUGACAGACAAUAGGACGAUUGCACCUCUUACUCUAUUGUUAUUAUUAUUAUAAUUAUUCUCAUCAUAUUAAUGCUGUUCUAUCCCUUAGCUGUUAUGCUAUGUGCCAUGUGCUUUCUUAUAGCUGACUAUUUUGUAUAUCCUAGGAGCACACACAGAAAGAUAACCUCUUUAUAACACGUAAAUGCAAAGCUUCUAACGUAGACCUGUGUCAGUGAACAGAGUUUCACAGUCUUAGCGAUGAUUUUAUGUUUUUUCUCUCUCAGUGCAUAUGACGUCUCCGACUGCUUUUUAAAUCCAGGCUAGUAGACAGUAAACCAUGCAUGCUGAAGUGAUGCUUUGAUAGUUUAACCCUAACCGCCUGCCAUUCCAGUAUGGCACACCUCUACUAUAGGCUUGUGGUUUUUGUGUCCAUAUAUAUAUAUAUAUAAAGAGAUACAUAUAUACUGUAAUCAUUGAAUAGAAUGUGUUGAUGACAAAUGACAUUAUGUCUCAUGAUUUACAGGUAGAUAAUGCAAUCAGAAAGCCAUUCAAACAAUAUCUGUGCUGACUCCAACUGAAGGUGUAUGAGAAUUAUUUCAAUAGGUAUUGUUUUGUUUUCCUUUUCUUUUUACUGGUCGGUUUUAUUUGAGAUGAUACAAAAUGAUGAAUAAAGUGUUUUCAUU